AUGUGGCUGCUCAAUACCAAGACCAUUCAGCUCACGCAAUUUCUCGAUGAAAGGAAAGCUCCUUUUUACGCCAUCCUAUCACAUACUUGGGGAAAUGAAGAAGUUUCUUUCCAGGACAUUCAAAAUCCAGAUCGGAGGGCAAUUUCGAGCAAAGCGGGAUUUCAGAAGAUUGAAGCCUGCUGUAAAAAAACUGCCGAGGAAAACUUCGACUAUGUGUGA